GUAGUGGUUAAGCAGAAGGGUGACGAAUACGAUUUUUUUUUUUUUUAUUGCACUCCAGCCCUAACAAGUAAUAAAAUAUUAAAAUUCGAAAGAAAAAUUCUUAAAUAAUUGUUACAAUAAUUCUUCAUGCAAUACAGAAUCUCAACAAAAUCAUGGCCACUAAACCUAUUUUAACUAAAACACAAGAUGAAGAUGUGUUGGAAGUCUUUUUGUACCCAAAAUGUUGUUACACAAUGAAUCCUGAUUCCAUCACUGAAACAUUGCUCAAUGAAGAAAUUAAUAAUUUCAAUGAAAUUAUUCAAAAAUACACUAAAGAUUAUAUUUGGCAUAGAGAUUCACUUGUUCUUUAUCCAAAAACAAAACAAGCUUUAUUAAUUGAUCAAAUGAUCCAGGGUUCAAGUGCAACUCAAGAAUCCUCGAUCGUGCCAUACAUUUAUGCAUCCCUUCACUUUGAUGAAGAUGUUGGAGACGAAUGGUUCGUAGUUUUCCUUGUCUUUACUCUCACCGAGUUGUUUAACGGAUUAAUUGCAAGACUUGUUGACUCAGAUGGAGAGUUUUUACUUAUUGAGACUGCUAAUUAUCUUCCUUCUUGGGCUGAACCAGAAACAUGUCAAGACCGUGUAUACAUUUAUGAUGGACGGGUUCAUGUAGUUCAAGAUAAAAGAAUUCCAAUAAUUGAUCGAUUAAAAAGAAUUUCAGAAAAUGCACAAAAUUAUCAAAUGUCUAAUGACGUACAAGGGACCAUUAAAAAACGUAUUGGUGUGUAUCCCGAUGAAAUUGAAAAGAGGAAACAUAAAGCUCGAGCAUUUCUACCUGAAAAGGCUGCUUAUAUAUUUAGUCAAGAGCCAGGAUUAAUUUCUGCUGCAAUACGAAUGAUUGUUCAUUCAGAUUCACUUGAAAGAAAGGUUUGUCGAGCUAUGAAGUAUUUCCCUCCUGAACAACGAGUAAUGACGAAUGUGAUGAUGACAAAGUGUUUGUACGCCAUGGCAUCUCACUGUCGAUACACUGGAGAUCCAAGAACUGGUUGGAAUUUCCCACCAGCCACUAAUCCCAAGUAUAAUGCAUAUAUUCUUGGUAUCAAAAUAGCUUGUGGGCUUGAAAUGUUAGUAGCUCGUGCAAAUCAACAAUUACAAAAAAAUGAUUCUGCCAGUAGUAUAGAUAGUGAUCAAUAUCAACAAUGGACAAAAUAUUAUCGUUGCUUAGAAGCUAGUGGCUAUUUUACAGGUACUUUGGAAGGGAGUAAAGAGCGUGAAAAAUUAAUUGCUUCUGCAAAAGAAUAUUUAAUGUCUCAUCCACUGUCAGCAACAUCAGUGUCAAAAAAAGACGAUGCUGUUGCUUUAAAAAUUUUAGAAGCUUGGAAGAAUGCAAAAACUGAAGACAAUGAAACUCAAGAUGAGAGUUCCUUAAGUCCUCCUGAUGAUGAUAGUUGGUUAAAUGUUGAUCCAGCACAAUUAGAAGCUAUGCUUGGACAACAUUGGGGGACAACUGGCAAAAAUUCCAAUAAAGAACCGUCGAAUCUCAAGGAUAAAAUAAAAACAUUUUUAAAUAAAUCAAGUAAUAUUGAAGGUGUUAAAUUUUCUGGAGGAGAAUCUCUCAAUGAUGAUGAUGACAAUGAUGAACAUCAGGAUAUUGAAGAUGGCAAAAUAGACUUUGAUCCGGAUGUUUUUGAUAAUACGUUACGUGAUAUAUUGGAUUUAGUAGUGCCUGGAGGGGAUGGAGAGUUUGAUGGAAGUUCCGAAGGCUCGCUGGGUGGUGAAGAAGAUGAUGAGCAAGGUGGAGAGAUGGAUAAAUAUAUGAAAUUGUUAGAUUCACAGUUAGGAAUUGAAUUAGUAAAGAAUGAUAAAAAUUCUAUUGAAUCGAAUUUACUUGAAAGUAUGGAAGAAGAAGCGGGAGGUGCUGGGCCAGCAGGAAAUAUUAUUGGUGGUCCGAUACGACGUCUUAUGCAUUUACAACUCCAAUCACCAACAACAGUUCCACCUGAUCUUCAGAGUUAAUAUUUAACAUAACAGCACUUUCAGCAAUAGGAAUAUUCAAUUAUUCAAACACAUCAUUGAAGCAUAUGUACCUUAAUCAGCAACACGAAAUCAAUCAGCUUCAUGCAGCUAUCACAACGCAUUCUCAUUGUUAACGCGAACAAUCACUUAAAGUCACUGAUAAUUUUAGUAUACUUAACAUGUAAGAAACCCGUGCUGACUUUUUUGGGCAUAUUUUAUUUUUUAAAUAAUAACAAAGUAACGACUAUUUUUUAUUAUUUCAUAUGUUCUUGUAUUAUUGAUUUUUUUUUAAAUUAAAAAUAAAAACAAACAAUGAUUAAAGUCUA